AUGUUGGUAAAGGAAAGCAUAAUAUUACUGUUUUUAAUAUUUUUUUCAGGGAAAUUUACCAAUAAAUCUGCUAACUGGCCAGGGUCAACCCAUGAUUCCCACAUCUUCAACACAUCAAACCUAUGUCACUACCUGGAGACAAACAACAGAGGACUUGCAGACGGUUUGAUACUAGGAGACAGCGGGUAUGCAUGUCGCCCUUUUCUCAUGACACCAUAUGUAAAUCCCAGAGAAAGACACCAGCAAAGAUUUAAUAGAGCACACUCCAGUACAAGAUCCAUUAUUGAAAGGGCUUUUGGAAUCUUAAAGAGAAGAUUUCAUGUUUUACACUCUGAGGUCAGAAUGAAACCAGAAAAAGUCUGUCGAGUGUUUGGUGCUUGUGCUGUUCUACAUAACAUAGCUUUAACAAGGAAUGAACCCUUGGAAGACGUUUGUGGUGUACAUGUUCAGCAAGACCAACCAGUGCAAGUUCCGAAUUUUGAAGGAGAACAGGAUGGAAGACACAUUAGAGAGCAUAUCGCAAGAGUUUUCUUCAACUGA